AUGCAGGUACUCGGUCGGUCAGAUUUGUCUAAACAUCACGAUGUCGAUAGCCUAUGGGUAUCAAUCCGGGGCAAAGUGUACGAUGUUACCAACUAUGCCGAUGAUCAUCCUGGGGGUAUCGAAGUCUUGAAAGACGUUGCGGGGUCCGACGGCACUGAAAGCUUCGAAUAUGUCGGCCAUUCAGAGGAUGCAUAUAAGACGUUGGAAGAGUUCCAGAUUGGGGUGCUUGUCGACCAUUCUACCUUGCAGGAAGAUGGUAAUGACCUGGGCGCAGUCUGGGAUGCCCAACGAGUUCAGGUUGAGAAGCCUCCAAACUCGAAGCCUAUUUUGGUCUUCGCAAUGACGGCAGCGAUUGGUGCGUCAUUCACGGAAACAUUGGAGUACUACAAGGAAGUCUGGGAGUAUCCCUCAUAUUAUGGCUGCAAAGUCAAUCGAGCGGGUAUCUGA